AUGCUGACCCCCCCGUCGCCUUUUCCCCGCGAAGCCACGUCCUUCCCUAAUCCGGAAGCGGCGCCGUUUUGUUAUUCGCCGUCUUACCCUCCUCCUCCCGCGGCUAGUCCGCUUUCUUCUCCGUCCCCAUUUUCAUCUUCUUCCGGGCCUCUAUUGUGUGCCUCGUCCUCGUCAUACACUGCAGCGUUUCCCACUCCUGUAGAAGCGUACCAGAAAACAUCUCAGUCCUCUUGCCCCCCGUCUCCCCCUCCAGUUCUGCCCUGGCAGCAGCGCCGUAGCCCUGCUCCUUCUUAUCCUUUUGGCAGGAUAUCGUCACGAGGGGUGUCAGGUUUCAGCCACGCGUUCAAGCACCAGCAGUCUCGCACCUCCGUCAGCAGCCACGGCCCCCAGGGUCGCCACCAUGGAACUCCCACGUUGACAAAUAGUAAAUUUGCAAAGGGGGGCAACGGCAGCAGUGGCGGCACCAGCAGUCCACCACUGCAACAGCCACACCAAAAGAAGCCUACUCCAAUAGCACCUUCAGCUCUAGUUAUCCACAGUAAGCCAUACGGACUUUUCGGUCCCAUACCUAAGCAUGUACUGAAGGAGGGAUAUAAACAGCGUAUCGCGGGCGUUGAUGUACUGCGUCUUCCCGAUGGCACAAUCCUUCCACGCAUAGAUGGAAGCAGUCUACAGCAAUUGUUACACACCAACCCUGGGGAGUUUCCUAAGCUGGAAAAAAUUCUGACGGAAUGCGUCACGUUUCUCUACAAUGAAGGAAUCAAACCCUUUGCGGGUGAGAUCGCACACCAAAUGAGGAAGCGCACAGAAGGAGGCUCCUGGCUACCAAGCGAGGUAGUUGCGCUCGCUGUCGCCGCAAGUGACGUCAUUCCUCAAGUGGAACGAAGAGUUAAAGGGGAAGACGGGUGGGUUGUACUCCUGAGGGAGGGACUUGCUCCAGAGUCGUUCGACGGAUUUGUUGACACCCGGGCCCGAGACGACUGCUAUAGCGCUGAACAAUGGCUGGAGUUCAACAGGUACUUCAUUGAGAAGAUGCGUAACUCAUCAAACGCCGAAGACGGCGGUAGCUUAAAGGCGCCCGUAUUCACGGAGGGCCGAUACGCAUUAGCCGAACGCCUUCGUCAGGAGAUUCCCAUGUUCAAAGACAUGAAACUUGCACAUCUUAUUCGGAUGGUCCAGCUUGCCUCUUGGAAGAAAUUGCUUACUUAUCGAGAUAAGGCUCUUGUGCCGGUUGCCGCGUGCCCAGUCGCAGCAAAAGAAUUUGUUCAAAGAAAUUCUCUGACGACCCCUGGAUCUCCUGAAUCCAUGAAUACCUUAGCCACUGUCGAUCACUUACUCUGUGCCCUUGGACGGAUCGUCGAUCCUGAACCUACUGGAAUCUUCCUUGCUCAAGUCAAAGACCUUGUUCGCUGGACGACAUACGAGAGACUGGAUUGUAUGGUCCUUGGGCAUACAAAAUUACAGGAUUUGCUUCUUUCAGAACCCUUCAACCGCUAUUAUCGGCUAUACACGCCUGAGGGGAAUGAACACUGCACCUACGUCCAGAGUACAAGGUAUCCACUGCCUUGGGGUGCAGUGCUGCAUACAAGAUCUUCGACGUUGUGGGACCGGGAGACGUGCCCUAUGGAGCCUCCCAGUUCUCAGUAUCUAACAAACCCGUUUCUUGCUUCUUGGGAACAGUGCCCUUCUGUCCCAUCCGUUGUGUCGUUGUCAACACAGUGGCAGGACACGCUUUUCACCGUCCACAGCAACGAAGAAGAGCUCUUGGCCAUGGAAAAUAGUAGAAACGGACAGAAAGUGGACGAUGCCAAAUCUGUCGACAAAAAUAAAGAAUCGGAGCAACCAAGCCUUUGUGAGCUGGAAAAGAUAAACCGAGCAACUGAGUACAACUUCGGCUCCUCGUUGUUUUCACUUACGGCAGAAGAAAAGGCAGCCGGAGACAAAGACCCCAUCCUACCCUCCCCGGUGCAGGCAGCGGUCUUCCCUACGUGCGGGUAUCGCCAACGCCUUGUUCCCCAUAUUUCGACGAGAGAGGACGAAAGCGAUAUCCACAUAGCAACACCGCCCGAGACGUCUCCGCAAAAAACCUUCGCCUCCCCAGCGAAGGCAGAGGAAGAAAGCGAUGUUACUUUCAAAUGGGUUGAGGACGAUAUCACACGGCUGAUUGAAGGAGACUGUUCUCGUCUUUCGGUAGUUUGCGGAAAAAGGAAGAAGGCGGAUAUGUCGCCCUCGAACGCUGACGAUGAUGACGGGAAUAGCGAGCUUGUAGAGACCACACAUACCGAUCCUGAAGAGCACGCAGGACGCCUCACUGAUUUGUCCUCUUUGUUCGCUGAACCACUUCUCCUUCUGGUACCCUCCUCAAUUGAGCCGCUUGCAUCAAGCAGUUUGUUGCAGUACACUUGUGCCGCCACUCAUGAAGAAAUGAGCCUUUUUGGGCGGUCGAGCGAGAACUACAAGGUGGGCUGCCAUGAGUCCCUGGAUGUCUGGUGUCCGGAUGUCUCGCUGUCGUGUGUUCCCACGGAGGGGGACGCUUCAUUCUCAAUGAGAGGAGUGUGCGCGUCCGACAUGGAUGGAUCACUACUAUUCUCGUCUGCCGGCAAUGCUCCAAAGAUACCGCAGAAAGACCGAAGUCUCGAGAAAAUGCCUCCGGAGAAGUCCGAGACUGCCAUGGGGAGGCAUCUCGCCACUGUGUCCCCUAUCACCAGUGGAGGCGACGACUUGUGCUGCGCCCACUCUAAUUGGGAGCGGAAGAGAGACGAGAAUACAGGAAUCACGAAAACGGGAGACUCAGGCGUGACUGGUACCUGUGCGUCUGAACGUAUUUCUCAAAAGAAGUCAGAAAACGCGUGGGGUUCUAUAACCAGUGGAACGGCUGAGGCUAUUAUGACGCUUUCCUGUCUUGUGCCUUCAUUUUUAUUCGGAGCUGCAUCUACGACAUUUUAUUCGGAAGACGAAGACUCGGCCGCAAAGACGCCUUCCACAUCGUGCGACGGUCAGUAUUCACUUCCAAGCCCUCCAAAUUUGCACGAGGUCAUUGGUGAGGAACUGGGAACCGGGAGGAAAACCACACCACAAAAAACACGUAAAGCGGAAACUUCUUUCUCCUCGGACCACAUCGGUCUGGAUUUUUCAAAGGCGGGGUGA